AUGCUGCGCUCCUCGAUUGCUCCGGGUCGGCAAUUGCUGUCGAACCCUAUCCGCCAACGGAUCCCCUCACAAUGGCUCUCCAAAGCCGGUGCAAGCAGCCGGCUCGCAGGCCAGCGCUUCUUCGCCGACUCUAAGCCCCCUACUACUGGUGGUGCGACCCCAGCUACUCCUUCCUCUGAAUCCAGUGUGCCUCCCGAGACUGUCUUGAAGGCCGCCGAACAAGAAUCCAAGCUUCCUCCCUCACCUGAAUCAGUUGCCCCCCGCAAGACCGGCCGGUUCCGCCGAUUCUUGAUCUACCUGAUCCUCACCUCAGGCUUUGCCUAUGGCGGCAGCGUCUUCUUGGCCAUGAAGUCCGAUAACUUCCACGACUUCUUCACCGAGUACAUUCCCUACGGUGAACAGUCCGUUCUUUACUUCGAAGAGCGCGAUUUCCACCGUCGUUUCCCCAAUGCCUUGAGACACCAAAACCGCCUCCCCGCUGCGCCCAGAGAGGAGGGUGCACCUGUCACCAUCCCCAGCAAGAGUGGUCUGUCUUGGAAGGUUGCUGGCGAAGAAAAGGCUGACACUGAGACUGCCGCCAAGGCGUCUCACGAUGCCCGUGCCAAUGACGCCCAAACUAAGCCCGCGACCGCCAAGCCCGAAGACCGCUCCGCUGCUGUUUCCAAGGCUAAGGAAGACAAGGCCGCAAAGACCAGUGACAAGGAACUCAGCGCCAAGCCCGAGGAGAAGAAGGAGGUCUCUCUGGAGGAGCCCCGCCAGCCCGCUGUUUCUGCCAGCACCAUCGAGUUGCUCCAGUUGCAGGAUGGCGACGACUCUGUUGUUCAGGACUUGGUCAAGACCUUCAAUGACAUUGUUACUGUCAUCAGCGCCGAUGAGAACUCUAGCAAGUACUCCGCCCCAGUUGCCAAGGCUAAGGGCGAGCUCGAGAAGAUUGGCGAGAAGAUUGCCGCUAUCCGCAGUGAUGUGCGCAACGCUGCCCAGGAGGAGAUCAACAAGGUUCACGCCACCUUUGAUGAGUCCGCACGGGAGCUGAUCCGUCAGUUUGAGGAAGUGCGCGGCACCGACCUCGCUUCAUUCCGCGAGGAGUUCGAGGCCGAGCGCGAGAAGCUCGCUCACGCGUACCAGCAGAAGCUCACCACUGAGCUCCGCCAUGCCCAGGAGCUCGCUGAGCAGCGUCUCCAGAACGAGCUUGUCGAGCAAGCCAUCGAGCUGAACCGCAAGUACAUUCAUGAGGUCCAGGGUCUCGUUGAGCGUGAGCGUGAGGGUCGUCUCAGCAAGCUCACCGAGCUCACUACUGACAUCAAGGAGCUUGAGAAGCUGACCGCUGGAUGGAGCGAUGUCAUCGACACUAACCUCAAGACCCAGCAACUGCAGGUUGCUCUUGAUGCCGUUCGCACCGUUGUCGAGCGCGCCGAGACUCCUCGUCCUUUCGUGCGCGAGCUUGUUGCCGUCAAGGAGCUCGCUGCUGGUGACUCCGUUGUCGAGGCUGCCAUUGCCUCCAUCAACCCCACUGCUUACCAGCGCGGUAUUCCCUCUCCUACUCAGAUCAUUGAGCGUUUCCGCCGGGUUGCCAGUGAAGUCCGCAAGGCUAGCCUGCUCCCCGAGGAUGCCGGUGUGGCCAGCCACGCUGCUAGCCUUGUUCUGAGCAAAGUCAUGUUCAAGAAGGAUGCUUUGUCCGAGGGUGAUGAUGUCGAGAGCGUUCUCGUUCGUACCGAGAACCUUUUGCACCAGGGCGAUGUUGAUGCCGCUGCCCGGGAGAUGAACACUCUCCAGGGAUGGGCCAAGAUUCUUAGCAAGGACUGGCUCGGUGAUGUCCGUAGGGUUCUUGAAGUCAAGCAGGCUCUCGAGGUCAUCGAGGCUGAGGCCCGCCUCCAGUGCUUGCGUGUUGAGUAA